CCCCAGAGGUCCCUCCUCCCUCCGUCCCUCCCGGAACGCGCAGAAGGAUCUCAAGGCGCACACUUCUGCUAAGUGGAGCGUACAUCCAGUCCGACCUCAGCUCUGCCUUUAGGUGACUUUACUGUGCAAAACCGGUUCUUUGAAGGACUAUACAUUUUUUCGAGCUUGUCUGUUUCAAUGCAAGCGAAGCAAACAGACUCCACGUCUUCUUCAAAUGGGAAUCAAAUGCGCGCGUAAAACUUUGGCACACUAUUUCGCUCGGUGAAUUUCGGAGCCCCUUUCUUUCUAGAAACAUGCCGGAGCGAAUAACUAUUUCAGAUUUUGUCGAGUUGACAAACGAGGAUUUGUCUUCGCCCGGGACUUCCAGCUUCCAGUCCAAGAUGAGCGACUGCAAGAGCACCGUCUCAGCCGUGGAAGAGUGUCUGGAGAUGGACAACUCAACUCUGCAGAGGAUGAAGAAGACAAUUAAAGCUAUACACACGUCUGGACUCUCACAUGUGGAAAACAAAGAGCAGUACAUUGAGGUGAUGGAGAACUUGGGGAACAGCCACCUGAGUCAGGACAACAAUGAAAUCUCCACGGGCUUCCUGAACUUGGCCGUUUUCACCAGAGAGGUCACGUCCCUCUUCAAAAACCUGGUCCAAAACCUCAACAACAUCAUGGCGUUUCCUCUGGAAAAUGUGCUGAAGUCUGAACUCCGGGACAGCAGAUUAGAGCUGAAGAAACACAUGGAGAAAAGUUGGAAGGAUUAUGACAUAAAAUUAGGGAAGCUGGAGAAGGAAAGAAGGGAGAAGACGCGGCAGCUGGGGGUGAUGAGGAGAGAUGGAUCCGACGGAGGGGAGGACAUGGAGAGGGAGAGGAGGAUUUUCCAGCUGCAGAUGUGUGAGUAUUUAUUGAAGAUCCAAGAGCUGAAGGUGCGCCAGGGACCUGAUCUUCUCCAAAGCCUAAUCAAAUAUUUCCAGGCCCAGCUCAGUUUUUUUCAGGAUGGGCUGAAAGCUGCAGAGAAUCUCACUCCAUUCAUUGAGAAACUUGCUUCUUCUAUUCACACGAUGCGACUUGAGCAGGAUGAGGAGGUAAAAAAACUCCUUCAGCUCAGGGAUUCGCUCAGGUUACUUCUGCAGGUCGAGGGAAAAGAGGAGUAUCUGAACCGGACGAAUUCUGGGAAUGGCUACAGCAUCCACCAGCCACAAGGAAACAAGAAAUACGGGACUGAGAAAUCUGGCUUCCUCCAAAAGAAGAGCGACGGGAUCAGGAAAGUUUGGCAGAGGAGGAAAUGUGGAGUCAAAUUUGGAUACUUGACUAUUUCCCACAGUACGAUCAAUCGACCUCCAGCCAAACUGAACCUUCUGACCUGUCAGGUGCGGCCCAACCUGGAGGACAGGAAGACAUUUGAUUUGGUUACUCAUAAUCGGACAUAUCAUUUCCAAGCAGACGAUGAGCAGGAAUGUCUGAUCUGGGUGUCGGUGCUGCAGAACAGUAAGGAGCAGGCCCUGAACACGGCGUUGGGAGGAGAUCAGCUCCACGUGCAGGACAGCGGCCUGCAGGAACUUUCCCAGUCCAUCAUCGCAGAUCUGCGACACAUGCCAGGAAACGAGGCGUGUGCAGACUGCGGGGCGCCAGACCCAACAUGGCUGUCCACCAACCUGGGCAUCCUGACAUGCAUCGAAUGCUCUGGCAUCCACAGAGAUUUGGGAGUCCAUUACUCCAGAAUUCAGUCGCUCACUCUGGAUUUGCUCAGCACCUCAGAGUUACUGUUGGCCGUCAGCAUCGGCAACACCAGGUUUAAUGACAUCAUGGAAGCAGGACUUCCCAAUGACUCUGUCAAACCGUUACCACAGAGUGACAUGAAUGCCAGGAAGGAGUACAUAGUGGCAAAGUAUGCUGAACGUCGGUACGUCCUCCGCAGGGAAGAGUCGGAUCCGGGUCGCCUGUACAACGCGGUGAGGAGCCGGGACCUUGUUUCACUUCUGCAGCUCUACGCCGAGGGAACAGACCUGGCCAAGCCGCUGGUGCUCCCUGAAGGACAGGGAACCAGAGAAACGGCUCUUCACCUCUCCGUUCGUCUGGAGGAGAGAAGCUCUCUAGCGCUGGUGGACUUCCUCUGUCAGAACAGCAACUGUCUGGAGAAGAAAACAACAGAAGGGAACACGGCUCUUCACUACAGCGUCCUGCACCACAAUCCUGAAUCACUCAAGCUGCUUCUCAAAGCAAAGGCUUCUAUUCACGCAGUGAACUCAAACGGAGAAACGGCUCUAGACAUCGCUAAGAAGCUGCAGCACACUUACUGCAUCGAGCUGUUGGAGCUGGCCCAAAGUGGGAAGUUCAACUCUCAGAUCCAUGUGGAGUACAUGUGGGAGAGUCAGUCUCAGGAGUUCUAUGACAGUGAGGAUGACCUGGAUGAGAGAGUGAGUCCGUUACCCAAAAACCGCUCUCCUCCAUCAAACGGAGGUGUUGGAUCUGCCUUCACCCAGUGGACAGCCAGCAGUGGCACAGGUCCAAGUCUCAGGCCCUGUCAGACCUAUGAGAAUCUGGACUUCCUGUACAAGAAUCCUCCUGCCAACAGCGCCACCACUGGAGCAUCUCUGCCGCCACCGCUGCCAGCCAAAUCAGUCCUAAGAGGCCGCUCAGACCCGCAGAUUUCAGUCACGACAGCCCAGGAUGGAGCCCCCAUCCUGCGCCGCUGCUCCAACCCGUCGUCCCACGCUUCCAGUUCUCAGACUCAAACGAAACAUGGCUCCUCUUCGUCAAAUACAGAAACCCAGAGUCACAGUGGGAGAGCCCAACGGUCCCCACACGGACAAGGAGGUCAGCAAAGAUCGCACAGGCAGACCUGGGACGGCCAAACCCCUCAAAGUGUCUCACAGGCGUCCAAUCAGAAUCAUGGUGGACCAGUCAGUUCGGAGAAGACCACCUCCUAUCGGCGCACCAGCACCGGAGGCGGCAGCUUUGGAAAGGGCAACGUGGGCUCUCUGGCGCCGCCCUACGUGGGCAGCCAGGAGGAGCUGUACUGCAGCCUGCUGGGGAACGGAAACGGCUCGGCUCCGUCUCCAGCGCCUUCGUCCUCCCCCACUGUGACUUGUGGCCCUCGCUCCCGCAGGAAUGCAAUGGUUUCAAUCAGCAGGCCACAGAAACGCGUAAAGGCUUUGGUGGACUGCCGAGCGGUCAGCGCCGAGCAGCUCUCCUUCUUCAAAGAUGAAGUCAUUGUUGUCACAGCCACGAAUGACCCCCACUGGUGGGUCGGCCACAUUGAUGGUGACCCUUCAAGAAGUGGAACCUUUCCUGUCAACUAUGUACACAAAGUAACAGAAUGAUGCUAGUUUGGACUUCAUCACCACAUGUGGGAAAGGAAAUACUGUUCUAUUCAUGGAUCCAAGUAAUCUGGGAAUAUUUUCACAACAGGAUCUACUGACCAAAGGAUAUCUGCACGACUAAAUUGUCUUUUUUAGGGAAUUAUUACUCAUCUCAGAAAGCAACAAAGAAACUGGAAACUUUUAUUUGUUGUCUUAAACUUGCAGGUGCAAAGAUAAAGCAAUGACUGAUAAUUGCUUUAAUGUUCUUUUAAAUAUUAAUCAAACAUUUAGGCUGCAGAUAUAUAAGCUGCCUGUAUUCAUAUAAGACUUGUGCAUACAGGCAAAAUUUCCCUGCAGGACAAAAACCUCUUGAAGGCACUUUAAGUUUCAGAGGAAUCCUCUGAAGAGUUGGGAGAGCUGUAAAUGUUUAAUUAGCUAGCCGCUGAACUCAGAGUUAGCUGCUUUAUUUCCCUCUGAACGGAAAACGACAAGGAUUUUAAAUCCCAGGUUAAUGAGUCACAUGAGGUUCAGACCCGCCCAGCAUCUGCCACAGACUGGUCCGCAUCGUGCCUGCCAGUCUGUCUCCAGUAAAACGUCGAUAUGUCUGCAUAGCCCAGUAAGAGAUCUGAAACUUUGGUUGAGCCGCGGCGACUCCAGGCCCAGGCUGGCUGCAGACGGAGGCCAGGAUCCUGUUUCCCACUGCCUCCAGGCAUCAGUCCCCGGAGAACCUGGAAUAACAGCAGCGUGUUGGAGGGAAAAAUAUAUACAAGAAGUCCCUCUGUCCAGGAAAUGGCACUUAAAGUGGACUUGCUAAUAACUGCACCUCAGCACAGUAAUUUGUUCAAGGCCAUAUUUUUUAUUCCACACAUGCAUGCUUACACACGGAUCAGCUUCCAGGAUUCAGGAAGCUUUUUGGGUGAAAGGAUAUUUGUGAGUAAAUGAUAUGCAUUUCUUUUACUCCAUUUUUUGUACAUAUUUGGUCAAACUUAACACUUAACAAACUUAUAGUUCGCAAUAAAAAGUUCUGGUUAUAUAAAAUAUGCAAAUAAGAGGAAUCGCAAAGUUUUUCCACCUUUAAUGUGAGCAAUAUUUUGUACAGUUCAGCUGGAAAAUACAUUUAUUAGUAGGAGAUUAUAUUACAAACUGCAGUAAAGUAAUUGCAUAAGUGUAUACAUCCUUAACUUCUUCAGACCCCUCGUCCACUGGAAUGGACAUGAUAUGUUUGUGGGAUUAAGCCAAUAAAAAUUUAAGAAAUUUGUUAUUUGCAUGAUGGAUCUUACAGAUUGGUUUCUUAUUAAACAAACAUAAUGAAGUUUGGACUCUUAACUUGAUACUAGUGAGUUUCAGGCGUCAGACAGGUUGAGCAUGCGUAUGAAGAGCAGUAAGCAUCUGUUUUCUAUCAAAAAUGUUAAUUUAUGUUCAUAGCAGCUUUAAAAUUACUCUCAGAAUAACAUUAAGUAUUUCCAGUCAUAGUAUUUGAAGAUAUUUAGAUUUUUUGUUCUAUCAUGAAGUCGCAUGAUUUUGUCUAAUCUAAUUCAACAGGUUACUUCAGGAAUGUAAAUAUUCUUCUGCCAUUCUUGCCUCUAAUUUAGAUGUUUGGACUGAAUGUGAUGUUAUAAAAUAAUCAUCCUCAGUUUUAGACAGUUGAAUGUUUGUUGUGGUUUUUAUCCCUCUUGACAAAAAGUUUCAUCUGAAGUAAAUCUAUCCCCAGAGGAUGAUGCUGCCACCACUGUGUUUUGGUGAGGCUUUGAGUUUGACUCAGAAGUUGAGCUUUGUUUUCAUAAGAUCAUAAAAUCUUCUGCUUCAAAGCUUUUGAAAGACCUUUAGAAGAAAAUUCUUCUGUAAAAACUCUACACUUUGUAAAUUUAAUGUUUCUUGUCUUAAAAACUUUGUACUACAACCAAAAAAAAUAUAAAAUGUUAAUUGUUUUUAAUCUACUGUUUAAUAAAAAAAGCGGUUUUUAAUAGAAAAACUGUUUCUAAACUUCAACAAGUUUUCUAUUUCACAUGUGACAUAGUAAAUUGUUUUGUACCCUUCUCCUGAAUGAUACCUUUUUAUUUCUUAAAAGUGAGAUCCACUCUGUCAAUAAUGGCUUUCACUAAAUGUUGAGGAAAAUCCCUUUGGAACAGUUAAAUUGUAUUUCCAUCUAAUUAGAUUAAUUAUAGCUGAUUAUAUUCACUGAUUAAAAUUCACUUUAAGCUGAAUGAAAAGGUGUGUAUACUUAUGCAACCAGGUUUGUUUGUAGGGUGAUUUCUAUAUAAAAUAUGUCAGAUUAAAGGUGGAAAACGUUUGAAAGUUAUUUAUAUUGGUCUUGGUUGAGCACACUUUCAACAUGCACUGUAUAUAUCCUGAAUAAUUGUCAUAUGUUACUUGUUUUCCCAAGUGAUAUGAAUUUUAAGGGACAGUGUUACUUUUUGUUUUUUAACUUAAUAUCACAUGUUAUUGUGCGAAAUUUGCUUUGGUUAUCCACCUGACUGGUGUAAAAGGGACAUUUUUUAACUUAAACAGACACGCAGUAAGGGGGUAAAAGCAUUUAGAAAACUGCUAUUUCUGUUCACAUUGUCCGGUUACUGUGUUGGUUAUUAGGCAGAGAAACAUGGAAGUGUGAGGGAGCAGAUGACUGCAGCAGAUUGUCACGCUCAGUGGGGAUUGUGUGACGUGUAAACAAGAAAUGAGCUUGCUUUAGUUUGUAACAUAUGCAUUAAACAUGUUUAAUGAAGCGCUUUGCUGUAAAUGAAGUGACAUCUUUGUUUCUAUUUACACUGCAGAUACUAAAACUAAAAACGUUGGUUACAUUAUUCAUUAAGUGUGGGCAUAUUGAUUUAUUCAGCAUGUUUUUCUGCUACAUUCAUGCAAAGUUCAAAUUUUCCCAGUGUUAAUUAUUAUUAAUUUUAAGUUCUGUAUUAGUUUUUACACCAUGAAUAUUUAUUCUACUUACAAUCCCAACUGGUGGUGACACAUUUUUGUCUUUUAGUGCUCUGGAGUUGAGCCCAUGUUGUUGGCUUCAGAAGAUUUUCUGACAACAGUUUCCAGAUUUUACAUACUAAGAAAAAAUAAAACGAAAAAGUAAAAUUACAAGAAGAAAUCAUAAUAUUACAAUAUAAUCUUCCUAUGAGAAAGUCAUAAAAGUAUGGGAAUAAAGCACAAGAAUAAAGUCAAAAUAAAGAAUAUAAAGUUGUAAUCAGAUGAAAAUUGGCCUAUUUUGACAGUCAGUAUUAUGAUAAUGAAUUCAUAAGAUUACAAGAAUAAAAGUCAUUUUGAGAAUAGCCAUGUUACAAGAAUAAAAUCAUAUGAGAAUAAAGUUGUAAUAUAAAUUUAGAAUUUUAAAUAAUUUGCCAUAAUUGUGAAAUGUUUAACUACAUGUCUGUUUAAAAUCUAGAAGCAUUUUUUAGCUGAAUUUGUGCAUUUUUAUUGUCUCUACUCUGACAGAUGCAUCUCUGAGGAAAAUCUCCUCAGACCUCUCUUUUGGCAGUCGGUCCUGUAGCCUCGUUUUAAACCCAUCUGGAUGUUACUUUGCUCUGAGGCGAAAGUCAGAAUGAUGAAAUUCCAACCUGUCACUUACAUAAGCAGCCGGCACAGGAAACCAUCAGGUUGCAGCCUGAUCUGUUCUGUCAGCAUAGAUAAGCUUCUCUCCCCAUCAGGCCUGCGUGUGCCAUGCAUUGGUGCAUAUCAUAUACACAAACAGCACUCACCUUUAAAGGUUUCACUAUUUUGCAUUAUAAGAUUUUUUUCUGAAUUUCUGGCCUUAUUUCCUCCCAGCAGAACUGCUGUAAAUUUAUCAGGUCUUAUACUCACACAAGCCUCUUUGUAAUCUAAUUUGGUGGAAUCCUUAGGAUUAUCAUUCAUUUGGAAAUCCCAUUUGUCGCCUGCUAGGUAUUUUGAGGAUUUUCACAUACUUCACUGUUUUCACUCUGACUUUUAGACAUCACCUUUGGGUAAGGAAAAAUUACCCAGAGGUGAGGAAUUAAGAGUAAACACUUAAAUUUUCUUAAUUCUCAUUUCAUUUUUCAUUGGACCACAAGUGAUGUAUCCAAAGUCUAAGAGCUUUAUCCCUAUUUUUUCUUGCCUUCAGCGUAACGACCUCUUCCUUCCUGAGUGGCCAUUCAGCCUAACUUGGAACAUGACUUUGAAAGUUGCACUUUUCCAGUAGCAGCUUUUUCUCAAGGUUUUUGCUCUUGUUCUCAGGUUGGUUCAGAGAUUUCUAACCCAAAUCUGUUCAUUUCAUCUGGUUCCUAGACAGUGUGAUGGCUGGAUAUUUCCAUAAUAUUUAGAUUUGCAUGCAAUUGUUAGAACAUAUGAAUGCAUAAAACAGUAUUUAGGUAAUUCUAACUGAUCUAAAGCAUUAAAAGUUUAUUUUGAUGUUUGUGUUUUCAUAAAAUGUGUGUAAACAUCUUUGGUUUCUACUGUAAAUUCCAUGUAAAUGCUAAUGCUUCUUAUGAAAACUGACAUAAUCAUCUUAAUGUAACUUCAUAAACCCUCGCUUCCAAUGAAGAGCUUUCAGAAGUGGGUAAUAUUUCCAUUAAUUCUUCCAUUUGCAUCCCAUUGCUGUUUUAUCAAACCCCCCUUUUACCAAACAAUCAGCUGAGAAAGGGAUUUAAUGGGCCAACAUUACAAUUUAAGGCCUGCUAAAUCUUUGUGGCUGAUGCAGCUUUUACAGCUUGCUCCUUCUGGCGUGCAGCAUCUUGUUACGUCAAAGAGCUUUUUUCUGCUGACCAUGCCCUGCAAGCUGCUAUGAAACGCUGCAAGGUGACCCAAAUAGUCCUGAGACUUUUUCUUUCUCAAUCCAUGUGAAAUUUAACCCUUUGUGUUUGCCUACUCCAAACAUAUAGAUCUGAAACAAGGUUUUGUUUUCCCCCCACAUUCAAGUCAUUUAGUUAAUUUAUUAAUAAAUUGUAUCAAUUUGCCAACAAAUAAUCUUUCGAAAGAUGAGCUUGAGAGGAGUCUUUUAAUAAUUGUCUAGUGUUGUGCAGAAAUGUAUAGUUGCAAACUAAACAAAGCAGGAACCCAAAGCAGAACAUGAAUUAACGUUUUAUCAUAAAGCUUUUUUCAUCAAAAACAGAUGAUGCUGAAGUGUGAAGCUCUAAUUGUACUCACUUGGUCAAUAAUAACUGAGGAAAAAAACUAUAGCUUUUAAACAUACCAUAAGAAUAUCAUACAAAUUGUAAAGCAACAAAUAACUGGUAUAAGUAAACAUGAAUUAUUCAAACGUUCCAGUGUUAAACAUCAUAAAGGUGGUUUUGAGCCUGUGGCUAGUCAGUGUUGUGAAGUAAAGGGCUAAAUGAGAUAGAGCUGUGGUAACAGUUUCCAAAUUUAUCAAAGUAAAUGCUAGCCACAGGUUCAAAAUGGAAAUAUUAUGCUAAUAUUUCCAUUUCCAGUGUUCAGAAAAAAAUACAGAAACACCCAACAAUCAACAUUACAUUCAUUCUGCAAGUGGGCCCAGAGAUCUUUGGAUAAUGUGUUUUGUUUUGUUUUCUUUCCAUUCAGAAAAUAAAAAGUGCAGUUCCACAGCAGAGAAUGGCUGAGUUAUUUAGCCACUCAGGU